AUGGUCCCGGGGGCUGGCACGGGGGCAGCCGUGAGGGGCAGGGCCAGCCGGACACGGGAGCAGCACCGGCCCAGCGCCCUAGUGGAGCUUCCCGCACCCCCGGGCAGCGGGGCUGUGCCAGCGGGAGGCCGGGCGCGCCGCGGGGAGCGAACCGCUGGGCCUGGGCGGGAUGUGGAGCCCCGGCAGGGCCAGGGACCCGUCUGGAGCACAGCGCGCCCCAGCAAGGCCAGGCGGGGCGGGGAGAGGAGCGCUCAGGGGCCCACAGGCACUCGGGGGGCGGAGGUGGCGAAGGGCACCCAGGCGCUCCGGGAGAGCCGGGUGUCUGAGGGCGGCAGCGAGCGGCGGCGCGGCGGGGCCGGGCUGGGCUGGGCUGCGCCGCCCGCGACACCCGCGCCGGCCCGCGGUGCCCACCCGCCGCUCGCCGAACGCCUCCGGACGCUCCGCCUCGAGCUGGCCUACCUGCGAGCGGUGGACGUGAAGAUCCUGCAGCAGCUGGUGGUGGUGAACGAGGGCAUCGAGGCGGUCAAGUGGCUGCUGGAGGAGCGGAGCACCCUGACCAGCCGCUGCAGCAGCCUGGCCAGCAGCCAGUACAGCCUGGUGGAGAGCCAGGAGGCCUCACGGAGGGGCAGCUGGGACAGCCUGCAGGACCCCAACGACAGGCUGGACAGCAUCUCCGUGGGCAGCUACCUGGACACCUUGGCUGAUGACAUGGAUGAAUACUCCCACAACGCUGCUGAAAGCGCCGCUGCAGCCACAUCGGGCAGAGCCCCGGCCAGGGCAGAGCAGGAUUGGGUCAGGAUCGACCUCGAGAGGGGUCUUGCAAAGCAAGAGAAGGACACAGAGGAGCACGAGUGGCCCCACGUGGACCUCUCCCCACCUGGGUUGCCCCAGGAUCACCGGUUUGCUGAGGAGCCCCAGGUGGCCAAUGGGUAUUUGGGCCAGCAGUCCCCCUCUCUGGAACCAGACAGAGACACCAAAUCACCACCAGGGGCCAGGGAGAAGCUGGGGAAGGGAAAUCCAGAUGGGAAGGCUUGGAAAGCUGAGGCUGACCUUGAGAACUGCAAACUCAACAGCAAACUGCACCUGGAGUACGAUGCCCACUGGCGCUGGCUCCAGUCACAGGAUGAUGUGACAUUCUUAUAGCCCGUGGCUUUGCCUUCCCAGCCCAGCUCUCCCAGCUGCCCACUCUGCUUCACUUCUCUGUGCUUGGGAGAGUUGGGGUGGCUGAAAAGGGGGGCCAGGCUGGCUUGGUGGGUUGCACUGUUCCUCUGAUGGCCCAAACAGCAUUUGGUGAUGCAGCCAUAAGGGACUGGGUGCCUGCCCUGCAGCGCAUUUCGGGGAGAGGAGGGGUGAAGUGGGUCCUGGUAGAUUUAAUCCUUUGCUCUAGGGUGUUGCUUGCAGGUGGCUGGAUGCCCCUCUGUUGUCCUUGGUGGUGGUGGGGAAACCUGGAACAGUGGUGUUCCUGGGAUCUCUCCCUCUAAUCUUCAGCUUCGUUUGUGCAAAAAACUGGAGACCCUUCCCCCAAAAUGACUACCCUGGGAGGACAGGAGACACUGCCAUGCAGCCACAGCUUGGUGGCACCAGCAUGCUCAGUGUGGGGCAGGACCAUCAGCAGGGCAUCCCUGUUGGAUCUGCUCAUUUCCAUCAUUGUCUUCAAGGCCAGUGUCCAUCCAGGGCAGAGCAGACCUGGGGUUUGGCCCCAGCAAGAGGUGGAUGCAAAAACACCCUUCCCUGCCUGGUUUAGAUGCCUCUGUGAAGGCAGUCAGAGGUGGGGCUGGGGAGCCUCUGUCCGUGCUCUGCAGAGGAAGGAUGAUGGUGCAGGCUUCCCCAUGUGAUGACAUGAGAACAACAAAGCACUGGGUGGGAAAUGGAAAUCCAAUUCUCCCAGUUUGUUCCUGGGCUGUCUUCCACCUUGGGAGCAGUCCUGCAGGAUCCCUGGGAUGUGGCAGCACACGGGCAGCCUGGCAGAGCCUGCGGGGCUCAGACUCAGAGAGGCUCCUGCUCUCCCCUGACACGGUGUGGUGGUGGGGAAGGCUGGGUUUCUCUGUCUGUGGGAUGAAUGGUGCCAGGUCUCUGCCUUCUACCAGCAACCAGAAGCAUGAGGCUGCUCUGUCAGGGUGGAUUUGCAGUGACUCUGCCCUGGAGACAUCUCUCUCUUCUUAGCCUUGGCUUCUGCCUGUGCCUUUAGCUGUCCCCACCAUGCCUCCCAGCACGCCCCUCGCUGGCUUGUAGAGCAUGGCUUGCAGCUGGAGCUGUGUGAGAGCUUGGGCAGGAUCUUCUGCCUUCACCAGAUGAUGCAGGAAAGGACCUGAGCAUCCUGAUUCAAGGAGCCAAGCUCUUCCACAUUUGCAGAUAAGCCUGGAGUGUCCUGACUUCAGAACCCAUGGGUACGUCUGUCCCCAGCCAAGUGCUGUGACAGCUUUGCUCUCACCAUCAUGCUGUUGUUCCCUUUCCUGCGUGGGUCACAGCUUGGAUCUGUCCGUGCUGGGAUGGCAGGAGUGAGGACAUUGUCUCAGAAUGUCAGUGGGAAGCUAAGAGAGAGGGAGGUGACUGGCUGUGACUUUGCAGAUGAGAGCUGUGAGCUGGCUGUGGUUAGGAAGGUGGUAGGGUGCACAACAGGUUCGGCUUGGUGUCUCUGAAGCAGCACCUUCAGUGGAAAUUACCCUCUGUUCUGAGAGCCCCAAGCACCCUCCCUUCCCCUGCAGAUCAUCAGAACCUCCCUGGAUGGAUGUGGAGAGCAGGACAAUACCCAAAAUUCUCAGAGAUGGUACCUGCUGAGGACCUGGGUGAAUCCCAGCAAACUGGGAAUGGGUUCCCUUAUGCAAUAAGCAUCCAUCUGCCUGCCCUGGAGCAGCUGUGCUUGCCUUGCCAUUGCCUGUGAGUAGCUUGUGGCUCCCUGCUGACACUGAGCCACCAUGUCCCCAAGGCUGGCUGUCCCCUGCUUUCCUGCUAACCCUGCAUGCAAUGAAUCUGCUGAGGGUCCCUGGGGGAGACAGGGUAAGUCCUUUGGCACUGUUAAAAUAAUUCUCAGCAAAAAAUAGCUGGCUUAAUAAAUGUUUGUGAUUCUCCCAGGC